UGAUGGACUCGGUCGCCGCCCCGCAACCGGCCUACCAUGACUUGAUAUCCGACCUCUAGCUGGUUAUCCUCUAGAAUGCUGACCCCCGUCCGCUGCCGGGCGGUACCAAAUGCGACUGUUGCGACCGCCGCCCGAGUCCUCCGCCGUGCCAACCUCUUUUCCCGAUACCCUCGACAACUACGACACCUACGAUGGGACUCGACCGUCGCCCAAGUGCUCGAGCGCAACGGCCUCGCCAUCCCCUCCACCGCGCGCCAUAACGAGAUCGGUGUUCAGCAGCUGAGCGAGCACCUCUACAAGCAGCUCUUCCCCCGCGGAAACACCGACCCUCCGGCCCCCGAACUCAUUGAGCUGGCCAAGGAUCACCUCGCCCGUCACGACUUGCUGGGAAAAACUACCGACAAGACCCCUCCCAUUGCCUUUCAACUACCUGCCUUGGUAGGCGAGACCCUCGACGAGCACUUCCACAAGCUGGGCGUCGACGCCGCCGAACCCUUCCUCACCCAUGCCAAGCACUUCGCAGACGUCGACCUACCUCCCAAGCCGAAAAAGUGGGUGCGUAGGAGUGGUUGGACCAAGUACAACCGUGAUGGCACGACAGAGAACGAUAUUCUGCCCCAGGGCAACAUGAUGUGCUUCGAUGUGGAGGUCAUGUAUAAGGAUAACCCCUAUGCUGUCAUGGCAUGUGCUGGUACUCCGGAUGCCUGGUAUGCUUGGCUGUCGCCGUGGCUGCUUGGAGAGACGGAAAACAAGUGCCAUUUGAUUCCGAUGGGAGAUCCAGCUGUCGACAGGGUUAUCGUGGGACACAACAUUGGCUAUGACCGUGCCAAGAUACUGGAGGAAUACGACUUGAAGCAGACAAGGAACUUCUUUCUCGACACCAUGUCUCUACACGUUGCUGUGAACGGAAUGUGCUCCCAACAAAGGCCGACAUGGAUGAAGCACAAGAAGGCCAGAGAACUACGGGAGAAGGCAGAGCAUGAAAAUGCCAGUGUCGAACUGCAAGAACUCUUGCAAGGCGGUUCGCUUACUGCUGAGGAGGCUGACCUCUGGGUUGACAAAAGCUCCAUCAACUCGCUACGAGACGUGGCCCAGUUCCAUCUCAACGUCAAGAUCGAUAAGGAAAUCAGGGAUGUUUUCGCCGAAACUGAUCGGAAUGUGAUUCUGAACCAGCUGGACCAUCUCCUGACUUACUGCGCGGCAGAUGUUCAAGUCACACAUCAAGUCUACCAGGUCGUCUUCCCCAACUUCCUCGGGGUCUGUCCUCACCCCGUCAGCUUUGCCGCUUUACGCCACCUCGCUUCUGUCAUUCUGCCUGUCAACAAGACUUGGGAUGCUUAUAUCGAGACAGCUGAGGCAACUUACCUUCAAAUGUUACACGGCGUCCAGGAGCGCCUUCUCUCUCUGAUGGAGAAGACAUUGGAUUAUAAGACUGACCCCGAGAAAUAUCUCGCUGACCCUUGGUUGAGCCAGUUAGAUUGGUCGGGGCAGGAGAUCAAGAUGGCCAAACCAAAGAAGAAGGGUGACGUGGAACGGCCAGCCCUGAACCAGAAACUACCAGGAUACCCCCAAUGGUACAAGGAUUUGUUCAUAAAGAUUCCUAAGAAGCUCUCGGGCAUGGACGAACCUGGCAAAGAACAGGAAAGUAGGAAGGCUCGACACGAGUUCAUCAAUCUCACCGUCCGUACACGGGUAGCCCCGUUGCUCCUCAAACUAUCGUGGGAAGGCUAUCCCUUAUUCUGGUCCGAUCAGUUUGGCUGGACGUUCCAGGUUCCUCGAGAAAAAGCAGAGACCUUCAUUCAGCGCCAGAUGACACCUAUUCAUUUUGAUGACCCGGAAGUUGAUGACCGACUUAGGAUGGAUUCCGAUCACAAGUACUUCAAACUUCCUCACAAAGAUGGCCCGACUGCUAGAUGUGUCAACCCGAUGGCCAAGGGCUAUCUUGCCUACUUCGAAAAGGGUAUCCUCUCUUCCGCGUACCCGUACGCAAAGGAGGCAUUGGAGAUGAAUGCUUCUUGUUCGUACUGGAUCAGCGCUCGAGAAAGAAUCAAGAACCAGAUGGUUGUCUAUGAAGAUCAACUUCCUCCUUCUCAGAGGUUUGCCACCAAGGGCGCAGAUAAUGACGCCCCUGUUGGAGGAUUUGUUCUUCCCCAGCUCAUCCCCAUGGGUACCAUUACUCGUCGUGCGGUCGAGAGGACGUGGUUGACGGCAUCCAACGCCAAGAAGAACCGUGUUGGAUCAGAGCUCAAAGCCAUGGUUCGCGCACCGCCGGGUUACGCCUUUGUCGGUGCCGACGUUGACUCGGAAGAACUUUGGAUUGCGUCGGUGGUUGGAGAUGCCACUUUCAAACUGCAUGGUGGCAAUGCCAUCGGCUUCAUGACCCUCGAGGGUACCAAAUCCCAGGGCACUGAUCUUCACAGUCGAACGGCAGCCAUUCUGGGCAUCACCCGUAAUGACGCAAAAGUGUUCAACUACGGCCGUAUCUACGGUGCCGGUCUAAAGUUCGCUUCUCAGCUUCUCCGGCAGUUCAACCCUAGCUUGACCGAGGCGGAAACGACUGCCAUCGCGACCAAGCUCUACGAUGCUACCAAGGGUGCUAAAACCAACCGCAAGUCUCUCUACAAGCGACCAUUCUGGCGAGGCGGCACCGAGUCCUUCGUGUUUAACAUGCUUGAAGAGUUUGCCGAGCAAGAGCGUCCUCGUACCCCUGUUCUCGGUGCGGGCAUCACAGAGGCCCUCAUGAGCCGCUGGGUUAGCAAGGGAGGUUUCCUGACCUCGCGUAUCAACUGGGCCAUCCAAUCUAGUGGUGUCGACUACCUUCACUUGCUCAUCAUCGCUAUGGACUAUCUCACCCGCCGCUUCAACCUCGCCUGUCGUCUGGCCAUCACCGUGCACGACGAAAUCCGUUACCUCGCCGAGGAACACGACAAAUACCGAGUAGCCAUGGCACUGCAGAUUGCCAACCUGUGGACCCGCGUCAUGUUCGCGCAGCAAGUCGGUAUCCAAGAUCUGCCUCAGUCCUGCGCCUUCUUCAGCGCUGUGGACAUCGACCACGUCCUCCGGAAGGAGGUCGACAUGGAUUGUAUCACGCCUAGUAACCCGAUACCCAUUGCGCACGGCGAGAGCAUCGAUAUCUUCCAAAUUUUAGAGAAGGGAGACGAAGCAAAGUUGGAUGAGAGCGUUGUCCCAGACUCACAGUAUGCGCCUCGGCUGGACAACAUCAAGUACACGCCUCGUGUGCCUGUGAUGCAGACACUCCUCCAGAGGGCCGAGGCCGGCGAUCACCAAGCUUUCCUUCGGUUCAUCCGGGCACAGAUUGCCAACUCUGAUGAGGAACUGAAGGAGAUUAUCGCAGAGACGAGAUAUAGCGACCCAUAUGGUGCUGAUUAUCUGACGCCUAAUGGACGAGUACCUGUCAACCAACAUAAGCGGCACGCCGCUGUACAGGCUCCGACAAAGACUGUUGCGGCUCCUUCAAAACCUUCCAUCGCAAGCCGUCUAGAUUCUGCUUCCACCGCACGCCGUCUUGAUUCCGUCUCGGAGGCAUUAAGAAUAGAGUCUGUCGCAGCUGGUGUUGAUGAACACACCAUCAGAGCAGCCAAAGCCCAGGGUAAAGCCAUGACGGAGGCUAAUGCUGCCAGACUCGCUGCCACCAAGAAGGCCACAGUCCCCAAUGUUGCAAGCAAGGAGAUGAAGGUGGCGGCUUCCAAGGCCGCGGGUAAGGAGGCUACUACUUCCUCAUCUUUACCUCCAUCCUCUAAACCCAAAGCUGCAACCACAACAACUACAACAACCACCAAGAAGGCUACGUCUCCUCCACCCUCAUCACAGGUCGAUGUGAAGAAGACCACAUUCGCACCAAAGUCGAUCCCUAAGGAGGAAACUAAGGAAACCAAGUCAACCCCCAAGAAGGAAACCAAAGAGGAACCAUACCCUUCCCUCAACGAACCCGAAAUCGCCGCCCGCCUCGAAGCCGUCUCCAAGACUUCGCCCGGGACCAAGGCCUCCGUUGCCGCGAAGCUAGACGCCCUUGCCUCCCUCUCCAUGCGGGCCGCUGCGGCUGCUGAGGCUGCCGCCACCACCACCAGCAUCACCAGCACCACCAGCACCACCUCCUCCACCGCCGCCGCCGCCGCCGCCGCAAAGCCGCCAACCGUCACUCCCAAGAUUGAGAAACCCACCACGGCAGCAAAACCCACCCCUACUCCCCCAACCAAGAGAUCCCUUCCUUGGACGAAAACCACACCAACCACAACACCAAAACAAAAAGGCCGUCCACGCACCACCCCCAUCCUCCCCUACACCGCCCCCAAGAAGAACUUACCCAACGGCGCGUUUUCCAAGGAGCAGAAGGAACUGAUGUCCGUGUCGGAGGCUGUACGGACUGCUACGGCUGCGGGGGGUAAUGCUACGGCGACGGCUGUUAAUGAGAAUGAAAAGAAGAAGACAGGGACUUCUUCGGGUUCAAGUUGGACUGCAACAAAAAAAGAUCCGUUUGGUCCCGAGGUUUGGUUUCCUUGAGAAACUGUAGUAGUGUAUUCGGGUAGUGGGCUUGAGUAGUGUACUCGGUGUCGGAGGCUAUGCGGGCUGCUAAUUCUACGGCUACGGCUAAUGCUGCGAGCGUGGAUGCAGGUGCAGCAGGUGCGGGUGCGGUUGGGGUGGGAGUUGAUGGGAAGAAGAGAAGACUUGGAAACCAUUUGGUUAUGUUUAAGUGAUAUAUGAGCAGUGGAAGUAAAGUUGGAAGGGGGGUGCGUGGGUGAAUGUAAAGUAUGUAUGUAUGAUUGUGGAAGAGAGAGGUGUGUAGGACUGUACUGUGUAUGAAGGAACUGUGUCGUGUCGGGGGAGGGAGUUGGCACUCGGCAUCUUGGGGCGUUUUUUUUUUUUUUUUUUUU